CUCGGAGAUGAAGAACAGGAACAUGGUUUGAGUAACAUUAGCAACACAUGUUUGAUAACGUAGUCAAGCAAAAGGCUAUAUUAUAUUAAUUCAUAUUAAUAAAUGACAGAACCGUUGCAGGGGCCGUGCCAAGUGUUCGAGCGCAUAGGGGCUCGCACCAAAGUAAAGUGACAGCUGACUUGAGUAAAGCCAAUAAAGGUCAUGUUUUCGUCCUACAAGGGCCUUCAACUGGGGGUCCGUAGCGGUACUGCAGGGGGUCCGUCAAUUAAUGUUUGAUCACCAUUUUUUGUUAAAAAAAUUAAAACAUGGGUAAAAAACCCCCACCACAAAGUCUAAUUCCAAUAUAAACACCCUGAAACAAGCAAGAACACCCUCAACACUGCAUUUUGAGUUUGCGCUCUUGAGAACGUGAAAUGGUCUGAUUUACAGCAUAUUUUUGCAGCGGUGAGAAAUAGUAGCCAAUCACACACAAGUUUGUUGAUGUCUUGAACGCAAUGUUGGCCAAUCAGGAGUGUUUAAAUUAUAAUCCACUCACCGGGUAUACUUCACUUUACGCGCCCGGACACGUCGCGCACGCAGUCGCGUCCGCGAAACUUUCAAAGUAUACUACACCACGGAUGCGCGGAUGACCACGUUCGACACAUGCGCAGUACAGUUUUUUUCUAUGCUCUACCAGACAUCGGAGGGCAGAACUGAGUCGUGUCAUCAACGGGACAUUCACUGGGCAUGAUCGGAGAAGAAAAGUACUGCAUCCUUUCCAAUAUUUUUACUUAUCUCCCUCCAUGAAUUUGCUGCCCUAAACACGUCUUUGUACUCUUUCAAGCAUGAAUUGUACAAAUGUGGGUACUUUCUAAUCUCUUCGCACAAACGCUCAUCAAGAUCACCGUCCAUUGUCAUGUUUUUCCUUUUUUUUUUCCAAGCAUGUUGUUUUUAAACCGGUCUUUUUACACUCUUCUUCGACGGCUUAACACUGUGCUCAAUACUGUGCAUAUUGCCACCUAGUGGACUCUUCUAUACUGCCUGCGUAUGUGCUGUUGUACGCGGACUGUCCGCACGGUCUCGAAAUUUGGGCUGCACGCUGGGGCUACCUGGGGCUUUACAUUCAAGCUAUUUUAAGGCAUGAAGAAUUUUUUUUUUCCACUUUUUUUCACUUAUAAGUUUUAAGGGAUAAAAAGAAUUGACUACAGGGGGACUUUAAACAAAAGAGUUGAUAACGUGUAACUCAGGCACCCUUUUUUAUACUCAUGGGUGCUCCAUGUGUGACAUCAUGAACUGCUAUCUGCCAAUGAAUACUGGCGUGUUUACUUGUGCGGCAGACACCGGUCACGCUGAUGCCAUUCGCCAUAGCAUCAACACCAAGACGCAGCGUCUCCUACCCCUUCUCAGGUAACCAAGUUGCAUACAGGUGGCAAUAAUCACUGAACUAAUCCACACAAAAAACUACAAAGGACUACAAAACAUGGCACAGAACAGGAAAUAACAUAAGCCCACACAAGACCAGGGGAACACAGGCUGGGAUCAUGACAGAAUUAUUAUUUACUGAUUCAAUCAGUCAUUAUUAUUUUACUGAUUCAAUCAUGUACUAGAGCAUGUAUGCUCUAGUACAUGAUUGAAAAACUGCACUUUAAAUCUCUUGACAAACUAAAAGACGUAAAUGGAAUUUGUAUGUUUUAGAAAUUAACUGACCAUCGUCCCAGCUGCCAGAUCAGAGAAAUGUUUUGUCUUACUGUGUUUUUAAAAAUAGGUAGAACAGAGUCUGAGGUAAAUGCACUUAUUCAAGAAUUAUUCAAGAAAGACAUUUCCACAAAAACUCACAAGGAAACAUAAACCACUGGGAUUUGCUAUACUUGAUGCUGUUAGUCAGGCACUUAUUGUGGAAAAACACACCAAGGGUUACUUUUUUUUCCACAGUCAUUUUGACACACAAACCAGCCACUGGGAUUCCAUACGUAGUUCAUGACAGAUGCUUUACAUCGAUAUUUAAAGUGUGAUGCUCUCUGAUCAUUCUCUGUACCUUCAACAACAGAGGUGAAACAAGUCUGGAGAUCUGCAGAUACAAAGACUUUAUAGAUUUCAGUAUUAUUCAGUGUUUUAUAACAGCAUUUUUGUCUUUUUUUACUUCUGAAUAUGUCUAAUUUUAAUGAUUCUAAAUCUAACAUCACUCAGAUUAUAUCACCAGCGGAUCGAGAUUUGAAAACAUUUUUGUCUGUGUCCUCAUGUGUUAUUUUCCUCUAUGUCAAUGGAGUCAUGAUCUUCACUUUGAGGAAAAAGACUGUUUUUCAGGAGGCAUCUCGCUACAUUUUGUUUGGUCACAUGCUUUGGGUCGAUACGCUCAAUCUUGUUAUGAGUGUACUGUUGUUUGUGUUGGCUAUUUGUAAGGUUUUUGUUAUGAAAAUUUUUUGCCUUAUCCUUCUUGUUGCUGCAACAGCUAUCUAUCAGGUCUCUAUAUUAAAUCUGGCUUUGAUGUCACUGGAGAGGUAUGUGGCCAUCUGCAUCCCUCUCAGACAUGCAGAAAUCACCACCUACGGAAGAACUAACAUGGCCAUUGGUGUUGUUUGGAUGUUAGGCUGGAUUAAAUCCCUGUCUGAGAUUAUUAUAUUUUGUUCCAUUGAUACAAACACAGCAAUGCAUUUGUUCUGCUCAAAAACUACUCUCUUCAGGCUACCGGUCUAUAAGCAACUUGAUAUAGGUUUCGCUUGUGUAUUUUUUGUAUCUGUGUGUUUUGUUAUUAUCUUUUCUUAUGCUUCUAUAGCAACUGUGGCUAAAACAGCCUCCUGUGAUAAAAUGUCAGCCAAAAAAGCCAACAAGACUGUUCUGUUGCAUCUAAUACAGCUGGGUCUCUGUGCUGCAUCCAUUUUAGUUGGAGUUAUUCAAGAAGUCAUUUAUGUUAAUACUGACUAUAUGACAUCAUUACAUGUAAUGUAUUUUUGCUUUGUAGUGUUUAUGAUUUUCCCCAAAUGUCUAAGUCCUCUUAUAUAUGGUCUAAGAGACCAGGCCUUUAGCACUUUAUUUAAAUACUACUUUACAUUUGGUCUCAAAAAGCAAAACAGUUGUAAUACAGAGAUGCAUUUAGAGAGAGAAAAGUAGAUACUAUAUAACUGAUGGUAAAACCUAUUUAAAUGUUAUCUAAAAGGCUUAAGUUGAUAAUGUCCUUUCUUUAUUAAGAUACAAAAAUAUAUUUCUCUACAAUUUUAAAAUAUGAACUUGUGUCUGACGAUGAGAUAUUGGAGAUGAACCACAAAAAAACUGACUGACUUGUUGAAAAUUAUUCAAGCAUGUAUUUAACAAUCACACUAAACCACACUUGUUACAAUGUUUUCCAGUGCAGUAACCACAGAUAUGGGAUGUAAAAUGUUUGUUGUCCAUUUAUACAUACUUAUACAUUAUGACAACUGCUUUUAUCACACUGUCAAUGAAUUCACAGUAGCUGAAAUGAGAUUUUAAGACUCCACUCUUUCUGUAAAUCUAUGAGAUCAGACAAAUAAAUUUGCAACUGUUAAAGCAUCUUCUAGCAUUAUGUAAUUUGUUCAUAAACAAAAAAACAUAUGAUGUGUUCGUGCAAUCUUUUACAGCUCUUCCUUUUACUUAUACAAAAUACUGUUAACUGAUUUGAUGUUUUUUUUUCUUGUCCACGUGUCUUAAUAGAGUUUAUCUAUAUACUGUUUGACAGGACUGCUCUGCUGUACCUCCUUUCCAAUGCAUCUGCAAAACCUAUUACUCUAUCAAUAAUUUUAAACUGGCCCUAUGAUUUAUUUUGAUUAAAUGCCUUUGUGGUGAUUAGGUGGACAUGCUAUACUGUGAAUUCAUCAAGACAUUUACACACACAUGCAUACUGAUAAAUGUAUUAAGGCAUUAACCUCAAUGAAUUUAAUGUGUAUGAGAAAAGAAUUUACGAUAUUCUCUUAUAAUGCACAGCUGUGAUGCAAUUUGUUGUUGUUUACCAAUUUACAGGAACUCAUCUUCUGAAUUUCUAUUGUAUAUCGUUCUUUGACUACAAAAUAUAUAGCCCUGAAGGGUAGAGACAGUCUAUGUAAAUACAUUUAUCUCACAUACAUGCAACGUUUCUACCAUGGAAUUAAAAAAUAAAAUAAAUUGUGACUUUUAUCUCACAAUUCUGAGAUUAUAAUUUGCAAGACUUGGGAAAAAUUCUGAGUUGUGAGAUAUAAACUCAUAAUUGCAAGGGAAAAAGUCAGAAUUGUUAGAUAAACAGUCACAAUUACUUUAUUAUUAUUAUUAUUAUUAUUAUUAUUAUUAUUCCAUAGUGGAAACAACCUUCCAUACUAAGGACAUGAUGUUAUUUGAUUUGCAUCAUUCAAAUUUUGUGGCAAAAAUUUAAAUAUAGAAAUGCAGAUCAGAAAAGGUACAAAGGCUGUCAUUGGGGCAGUAUCCU